CCCAGGUCCGCAGAUUAGACCUCGAACUCGCUCUGGGCGGGCGUCCGAGCCUUCGGGUUUCUGCUGGGCGCCGCUCGCACCCCAAAGGCCAGAAAUCCGGAGAAGGGGAGAAGUGGGGCGGGGAAGGGUACCGAGGGGAGUCAGUAGCGACCCCCUGCGCAGUGCCUGGCAGCGCUCGCGAACGCGCGCAGCUAACACGGAGUACUUGUUGCAAGCUGCUGUUUUAAGCGCUUACUUUUGCCACGCCCUGUUUUAACCACUAGCCAGAAUGCCUCCCACUCAGGCAGAAAGUGUUAUAAAGAAUAUCAUUCGAGAAAUAGGACAAGAAUGUGCAGGCCAUGGAGAGAUUGUUUCUGAAACUCUGGCUGCUUUUAUGGUGAAAGCUGUUGUCUUGGACCCAAGUAAUGGCUUUAACAUGGAUAGACCCCUCAUGAAAAGUGAUGUACAGAAACUCGUUAAGCUGAACAAAUCUUUUCCCCAGUCCAGAUUGGGGCUGUUAGUAAGGAAGGAUGAGCUUUGUGUGUCUCGGCUGUUGGAUAGUAAAAAUCCAUCCCUGGACACCAUUAAGAUGCAAGUCUACUUUGAUAUGAAUUAUACAAGUCGAGAGGAAUUUCUUGAAGAACAUCACCGAGUCUUGGAGUCUAGGUUAGGCUCCAUUAUGAGAGAAAUUACAGAUAACAGAGCAUGUGCUAGAGAAGAAUUGGAAAGCCUCUACCGUAAGAUUGUCAGCUAUGUCUUACUACGCUCUGGGCUGGGAUCUCCUACCGAUAUCAAGAUUGUCAGAGAGGCAACAGCUGCCCUGCAGAGUAUUUUUCCUCAGGCUGAGCUUGGGACGUUUCUAACACUUUCUAAGAAGGACAAAGAACGCCAACUGAAAGAACUCACCAUGAUUGUUACUGGGAUUCGCUUAUUUAACCGAGACUGCGGAAAGGGAGGAGAAGGCAUUGAUGACUUGCCAGCCAUUCUGCGUGAAGCAAUCCCAGCCACCACGCAGCACAUUGAUUCCCAACUUCAGACUGCCCAGGACCAGGCCUACCGCUACACGGCCAUCCUUGAGAAAGCAGCCAACAACCCAUUCCUGAGUAUAGAGCUUCAGCCAUAUAUGUUAAAAGAAGCACUGUAUAAUGUGCGGCAGUACGAGGUCUUCCUUCAAAUCAUUUUGUCAGAUAUAAUUACCUGUGCUCAAGAAGUAGAAAUGAUGAUAAAGCAGUUAGGAGCCCAACUGGAACAAUUAAAAAUGAUUGUAAAAUCCAAGACAGCUGUCCCAACGUCACAAGUCUUUCCCAUCUUCAUCGCACUUUCCAACCUGUGGACUAGCUUCCAGGAUGAAACUGUUUUGAUUAGUGUCCUCAGUAAUUUAACAACUCAUCUUGUACCAUUCCUGGGUGCUCAUGAACUACUCUUUCCUGAGAAAGUCAUACAGAAUCUUCUUGAUGGGCUGACUGUGAAAACUGAUGUGUGUAGGGUAAAGGAACACCUGGAAGAUAGAGUACAUCUGGCAGAUUUCAGAAAACAAGAAUGGCUUUUCCCAGAAACAACAGCAAAUUUUGAUAAAUUGUUAAUUCAGUAUCGGGGAUUUUGUGCUUACACAUUUGCUACAACAGAUGGUCUUCUCCUUCCAGGAAAUCCAGCAAUUGGGAUUUUGAAAUAUAAAGAAAAGUAUUACACUUUCAAUACCAGAGAUGCUGCAUACUUAUUUGCAGAAAAUCCUGAAAAUUAUAUUGAUUUAAUUAGAGAAAAGGCCAAAAAAAAUGCAGAAUUAAUUCAGCUCCUGGAGCUUCAUCAACAGUUUGAAACCCUCAUUCCAUAUUCUCAUAUGAAGGAUGUUGACAAACAUAUAAAACCAAUUACAAAGUCUGAAAGUAGCACACAGACGGAUACGCACAUAUUACCACCAACAAUUGUGAGAUCAUAUGAGUGGAAUGAAUGGGAAUUAAGAAGAAAAGCCAUAAAAUUGGCCAAUUUGCGUCAGAAAGCUACUCACUCAGUACAAACUGAUCUCAGUCACAUGAGAAGAGAAAAUUGUUCACAGGUGUACCCACCCAAGGAUGCUGGCACGCAGUCUAAGAGAGAAGGCAGCAGCCAAGUGCCCAGGCCCCAGAUUUACAUAGCUGGUCUCCGUGGGGGACAGGGUAAAGUCACCUCUGGGGUCAAGGUGAACUUAACUAGAGCUGUUGAUGAGACCUAGUUAGAGACUGAAUUUUUAAAGUAGAGCUCACCAACUUAUGAGCAGUGGCAAAUAUUAUAUUGACAAGUAUCUUUGCAUCCUUUAAAAUUAGUUAAUUUUGUGGGUCUGGCACAUUCAUGGGUUGUGUGAAUGUUUUCUGGAUUCUCAUGUAUAUUCGCUGUCAACCUGCUACAAAAAACUAAAAGUUGUUCUCUGUAACACAUUUUGCAUUCUAUUAAAAUUGAAAAGUAAAACUCUG